AUGUUGAAGAUCGCCGACGUGCUUCAACCAAGCAGAUGCGAUUCGCGAUUCGGCAUCAAGAAAAUACGACACCCAGCAUGCUCUGCACAUAUUACGCCUAAUUACCAAUCACCAACGAAAGCGAGUCUAGCAAGAUCACAUCCGGACGUUCUAGCACGCGCGCUUAGUCGCUCACCAACGAGACCGCCGCAUAACGGCAGCGAGAAUGGUCAGCAGCAGGAGCAAGAGCUAAUGGAUUCGAGGACGUUCGGUUUGCGCGAUAGGAAGGCUCUCCGGCCGUCGAUAGCUCCUGGUGCGAGUCCAACGGAUAGUUCGAUAUUAUCGCCGCGCAGUGCGUUUGCUGCUCCCCCGCGACGGGUGUCUGGGAAAAUCGGGCCGUUAGAUCUAGCAUUUGAGGCUCCUGAGGCGAAACUGGAGAGCAAGACAGCAGACCUGUCCCCUGAAGAUACACCUGGGGAUCGAUUGAAGGAAAUGGGCAACGAUGCGAAUGAAGACAGUAUGAAUCAAGAUCCCUCAUUUCUGGACGGACUAGAAGAACCAGAGCUACCCCCGACACCUACACAAUUAGGUCUGGAAAAGCCACCUGGUCGACCAAAGGGGCUUCUGAGCAGCAGCCCUUCUGCUCGGUAUGAAAAGAGGGCUCGGAAACGAAUCGAUGAUGCCAAACCAAGCGCAUUGAAACCGGAAAGUUUCGAUACAACCGACGAUUCAACGAUGAAGGAUUUGAACACGGAUAGAGCGCCAUUGUCAGAGUUUGGCCUGAAGAAACAACAGACCAAGAAAGAACUUUUCACUGAAUUAAAGCGAUUGAAGGGCGACGUUGCGGAAUUGGAAGCAUGGACCGAGAAGCUGAACAACCCAGAUAUGAAGACAGAGUCGCCCAAGGAUUUGAAUACACUCAUCUCCUUGUUAUCAUCGGGAAAUGCUUCCCAUAAGCAAUCAUCACCUCCAACAAACGCACCAAUCUCAUCCGUCCUCUCUGCCCUAUUACCAUUCUCCUCAAAAGCACCUCCCAAGCCCGUACACGAACCGCCACUACCAACCAACCCCUUCGCCCUGAAAGAACAUGCGCAAGGGAAGCAAUACCUGACAGUCUUCGCCCCGCUAUCCUUAACAGCACAUUCCAACAAAGUAUUUGCCUCGAAAUCAGCGCUCCUAACCGAAUCCCAUAGCCUAACACUAUCAACUGGGCCACCCUUUCCGCCCAAACUCUACAACAUAACCAUUAACUACGAGACAAACCCAGAAACACAAUCCUUAAUAUCCGUAUCUAUACUGGAGAGUGACGGGUUUAGCAAUGUACCAGACGGACUGCGCCGCUGGAUUGAUACCAGACUAUCAAAUCCGCUCCUGAAACUCGAUGUGUCCGGACUCUGCUGGGGCGUCAACCGCUACUGGGAAGCAUCUGUCUCGCGCGCACAAGUAUGGUCGAGAAUCGAAGCUCGACAUUCCAAAUUACUUGUACAUCACAACCACCGGGAAUCAAAGCACGAAGAAGACACAAUAGAUCUUCGUCAUAUAAUACCACAUCUCGAUCGCACGAGUAUGAUAUUCUCUCUGAAAGAUACAUCUAAACCCUUCCGGAUGCUCCUUUCGUGCGCAUUAAUACUAGACGAGUGGACAAGUGAGCCACGAGUACUUCCUGAGAUCAGUACCUCGUCUUCGGCUGCAUCAAGCAAGAAGAUAGAACAAGAGGCUAAGAAGUUGUUUAAUACUCUCUUAAAGGGAGAGCAGAGGGCGGAUAAUGACGGCGUUAAUGACGACAUUGAGGCAGAUGCUAUUGUGCGAGCUGUUGAUGGUGUUGUGGGAGUGUUGUUUGGUCUCGAUGAUACCCAUAUUCAAGGAUUCAAUGGGAAGUUGCCUGUGAGGUGA